CAUCAAUUCCCAUAUCUUUCUUUUAUAAUAUAAAUAUAAACAGUGAGAUUGCAAAUUCGGAACUCGGAAGGUGGUUAUCGAUUCUUGGAUUUGUGAAAUUCCAUCUCUUGUUACAUUGGGUCCAUCAGAUGAAGACGAUCUGGGAAAAAGAAGAUGGCGAUGGAUAUGGCGGUGAUUGCCGGACGUCGGCGUUGCUGCCGGAGACACAAGUUGGCGGAGGAGGGGAAAAUGGAAGCAUGUUUGAAGGGUCAACGAAGUCGAUGAGGAUCGUACGAGAAGAGGAAGAGGAAUGUAAUUCAUCAAGUAGUUCUUCGAUCGGAGACGACAGUGACGACGAUCGGGAAGGAGAUGUCGAGAAUCAUUACGCAUAUGAUCAUCAUAACAACAAUGGAUCCUUCGAUGAUGCAAUUCAAGCCCUGGAACAAGCGUUACCAAUCAGGAGGGGAAUAUCAUCAUUCUACAAUGGGAAAUCAAAAUCUUUCACGAGCUUAGCGGAUGCGUGGCCAUCAACAUCAUCUUCCAAUUCGAGUUCCAAUUCCAUACAAGACAUUGCAAAACCAGAAAAUGCUUACACAAGAAAACGAAAAAAUCUUGGAGCUUUCAAACUAUCAAACAUAAACACUGGAAGGGUAUCCAAGAAACCGAAAACCACAACAAUAACAACAUUUCAGCAAUCUCAAGUCAACAGACCACAAUUGUCGCUGAGAUCAUUCUCAAUGGUCAACUUGCAUCAAUGCAAUCCCACAAAGAUUGAAAACUGUUAGCCCAAACUUAACUUUCAUGUUGUAAAUUGCUUACUAUGAACAUCUAACUUUUUUAAGUGUUUCCAUCAACCAAACGAAAUAGACCCUAUAACUUACCAUGUAUCA